CCGUUGCUUUGUCUACCACCACCACCACCCCUCCUCCCAUUCACCAUCCCAGCUCAGCUUCCUUCGCGUAUCUCCCCCCUCCCUUGCUUGCUUGUUUGUUUCUCCUCGACAUCGCGAACAUCAAUGACCGCAAUGAUGUUUGUCGCAUACCCUAUCCCGCCGAACAUUAGCUUACCACAGACUCGACAGGGCAAAGUAGCUGAGCUACGCCUCGAGCUGAACAGCGGCAGCAAGAAGGACAAGAACUUUACCCAAAAGAAGAUUGCCCUCAAGAAGAUUGUCGCCAACAUGACCAUGAGUAACAAUGACAUGGUCGGCUUGUUCCCGGACAUUGUUGCCUGCAUGGCCAUCCAGAGCUUGGAAAUUAAAAAGAUGUGCUUCUUGUAUCUGGUCAACUAUGCGAGGAUGAAGCCAGAGAUUGCAGUAAAAGCAAUUCCGGUUCUGGAGCAUGACAUGGAAGAUCCAAACCCCCUGGUGCGCGCCCUCGCCCUUCGGACCAUGUCUUAUAUCCACGUGCGCGAGUUCGUCGAGGCUACUGUGCCACUAGUGAAGCAUCUUCUCCGCGAUAUCGACCCCUACGUUCGCAAGACGGCGGCUUUCUGCGUGGCCAAGCUCUACGAUCACGAUAGACACAUGGUUGAGGCUUCGGACCUUAUCGACAGACUCAACAACCUCUUGAGAGACGAUAACCCGACAGUGGUGGCCAGUGCACUGGCGAGCUUGAUGGAUAUCUGGGAGAGGAGUGAUGCUAUCAAACUCACUAUCGACUACAGCAAUGCCUCCAAGAUGGUGGCCAUUCUGGCCGACUGCUCCGAAUGGGGCCAAACUUACAUCCUCGAAGCCCUCAUGUCUUAUGUCCCCCAAGAAUCCGGCGAAGCUCUCCUUCUCGCCGAGCGUAUCGCCCCACGCCUCUCACACUCCAACUCCUCGGUAGUCCUCACCUGUAUCCGCGUAAUCCUUUACCUCAUGAACUACAUCUCCGACCAAAAGCAAAUCUCGGCCCUCUGCCGGAAACUCUCCCCACCAUUGGUCACCCUCCUCGCCAAGGGUCCCGAAGUGCAAUAUCUCGCCCUGCGCAACGCCCUUCUCAUCCUCCAGCGCCGCCCCGAAGUCCUCCGCAACGACAUCCGCGUCUUCUUCUGCAAGUACAACGACCCCAUUUACGUGAAGGUGACCAAGCUCGAGCUCAUCUUCAUGCUUGCCAACGAGAAGAACAUUGACGAAGUCUUGACGGAACUACGCGAGUACGCCACAGAAAUUGACGUCCACUUUGUCCGCAAGGCUGUCCGCGCCAUCGGCAAGCUGGCCAUUAAGAUUGAGCCAGCGGCCAAGCGGUGCAUCAACCUGCUGCUCGAGUUGGUCUCCACAAAGGUUACCUACAUUGUGCAAGAAGCCACGGUAGUGAUCCGCAACAUCUUCCGCAAGUACCCGAACCAGUACGAGUCCAUCAUCGGCACCCUCUGCGAGCACCUGGACUCGCUCGACGAACCCGAAGCCAAAGCAGCCAUGGUGUGGGUCAUUGGCCAAUACGCCUCGCGUAUCGAGAACUCGGACGCCCUCCUCGAAGACUUUUUGUACUCCUUCGCCGAAGAGCCCGUCGAAGUCCAGCUCGCCCUGCUCACAGCAACCGUCAAACUCUUCAUCCAACGUCCCACCAAAGGCCAGGACCUCGUCCCCCGCGUACUCAAGUGGGCCACGGAAGAAACCGACAACCCCGACCUCCGCGACCGCGCCUACAUGUACUGGCGUCUCCUCUCCACCGACAUGGAAUCCGCCAAGCGCAUUGUCAUGGGCGAGAAGCCCGCCAUCACCGCCGAGUCGGAGCGUCUCGACCCCGUCACCCUCGAGGAAAUGUGUCUCAACGUCGGCACCCUCGCCACCGUCUACCUCAAGCCCGUGCAGACCGUGUUUCGCAACGCCCGCCCGCGCAAACUCCCAGACUCCCCGUGCCUCCAACGCCCCGACUACCUCGAUUACGCAACAGCCCACCAACUGCCCAACCCCAAAUCCCUCUCCCAGUUCGGCCAAGGCCACCAACCGUCCGACUUUGAUCCCCGCGUGCCUGGGUCCCGACCUGCUCCCCCUUCUUCUGCCAACAACACUCAGAGUCAACAAGGAGGGAACUUGGCUCAAGCGGUACAUGAUGCGGACGCUUACUUUACGCAGCAAGCGAACCAGCAGGCGGCGGUUAAUGAUGCGGAUGCGUAUUUCGCGCAGCAGAUGAGGCAGAUGCAGAUACAGCAGCCCGGCGACAGUUUUGGUGGGGAUGCGGGACAUUAUGGGUAUGGGCAGGGGUACGUAGUCAGUCAGAGCUCGGCGUACCAGCCGGGGAUGGGGGGAUGAAUGGCAUGGGAGGGAUGAAUGGGGC